AUGUCGGGCUGGACGGCGAUUUGGGUGCUUUUCUUCGCCGCGGGUGCGGGGAGCGCCGUUUGGUACACGGCGCCCAAGGGCCCGAACCAAGUGCUCAUCCGGUGGAGCGCCGUCAUGACUCUCGCCUGCUGCUACAUCAUGUGGGUGUGUGUCUACAUGGCCCAGCUGCAUCCAUUGAUCCGUGCGUACGCUGUG